CGCCACCAAGGCACCAAACCACAACGAUCCAAAACCUCACGCUUCUCCCCGCACGCCAAACCUCCGCGAUCCCGGAGAAAUCCCCACCCCGGCCAGCCCCCCUCGCCCGGCGAAGAUGCACCUGUGGCCGUCGCUCCGGAUCCGGGACUCCUUCAAGCACGCCUACCUGGAGAAGCUGGAGCUCAACCUCGCCGGCAAGAAUCGCGCGUCGCGGCAGGGGCAAGAUGAGGACGAGGACAAGGGCCAGCAGCAGGAGCCCCUGAUCGAGGUCCCCCCGUCGUCGAGGGGCUCCAUGGUGGCCAGCGCGCUCGAGCUCGCCUGGGACGCCGCCAUGCUCCUCACCUGCUGUUGCUGCUGCUUCUGCUGCGGCGCCUUUGGCGAGGAGGAUGAUCAUCUAGCAGGUCGCUGAUGCUGGCAAUCACUUCCAGAAGUCAGACAACUCAUUACAUCAGGAAAAGUAUCCACCUGUAGUGAGUCAGUCAAAUAAUUUCAGCUUUGUACAUACUGUAUGAAUGUUCGGUUUUCGGCAGAUGUGGCCCAAAUUAAGAUGCCACUGAUAGGUAGACAUACAGGAGUUUUUUUCUGUAGGAAUUUUUCUCAGUCUAGGCUUCAGAACUUAUCUGAAUCUACAUUUAGGGUUUGUGCGAUUG